CUGGGAGCCCCGCCUCCCACCUGCUCUGCUCAGUAAACACUCAGGUACAACAGCAGGUCUUGUGGGAGAGCUGGUUGUCCUGGAGGAAACUCUCUGAGGGAAACAAGGAGGCUGGAGACUGAGGAGCAGAUACAGCUGGAUCAGUCUGAGGCUGCAGAAGAAGAAUUUGUUUUCAGGCUGAAGACGAUGGAGCAUCCAGCAGCAGCGAGAGGAGACGCCGGACUGCAGGACGUCCUGAGAGGACGGACUGACGGAGCUCAGAGGACGAGGACGAGCUCCAACAUGAUCCGAGUGUUCAUCAGCUCCACGUUCACAGAUAUGAGCAGUGAGAGGAAAGUCCUGCUGGAGAAAGCUUACCCAGAAGUCCUUGCUUUCUGCCGCAGUCUGGGGUUGGUGUUCGAGGUUGUGGAUCUGCGUUGGGGGUUUCGCAACAUCACGUCUGGAGAUCAUGAGUCCUGCGAGGUCUUCCUGCAGGAGAUCGAGACCUGUAAGAGGAUUUCAGCUGGUCCAGCUUUUAUUGCUCUGCUGGGGAACCGAUACGGCCACCGAGCUCUCCCUCGUCUUGUCUCUGAGAAACAGUUUGAAGUUCUUUUGUCCAAACUUUCCAAAAAACCCGAAGGCAUCAAGCUGCUGCAACAGUGGUUCUUGAAGGACAACAAUGCUGUCCCGCCCACCUAUAUCCUCCAGCCAAUCACGGCUCACUUCCCCCACUACAGUGACCUCCGACCUGAGAGUGGGCCGCAGCACGACAAAGAUGUCCUUUCCUGGCGUCUCACAGAGACUCAACUUUUGCAGCUCCUACGCUCUGCUGCCACGGAUGCCGAGGCAGCUGGUGACAUCACAGCUGAGCAGAAACAACUGUUCUACACAUCGGGUCAGACAGCAGAGAUGCUUCACACAUCUUGUCCUAUUUUUUGUUUUCUCAAAGUGUACUUCAGUGUUUUCUUCUUCUCGUCCACAGUCACAGAGCGAGAGUUCCAGCAGGGUUUGUGGAAGGACGAAGGCGAACCAUCAGCUCUGCUCUUCAUCCGAGAGAUUCCCCGCCAGAAAGUGAGGGAGGGUCCAAAACGUCUUGCCAGGUUCAUGGACGUGACUGCUGACGGCCUGCUGGAUGCAGAAGCUCAGGGCCUCCUCACUGCCCUCAAGUCCCGCCUCUACACUGCAUCACAGAAGAUCCUUAACCUGCACAGCGUGGAGCUCAGCAAGGGGGGCAUCGACCCGAAGCGCAAAGAGCAUGCUCAGUACCUGGACAGUGUCUGCGAGCAGUUCGCCUCACAGAUGAAGGCCAGGAUCGGAACAGCAGUUGAUUCUCCAGUGGAGGGGAGACGGAGGAAGCUGUGGGGAAGCACUGAGGAAGAAAAAGAAGAUCUCUCAGACUGGGUGGUUGAUGAGGUUGGGCACCAUGUCGCCAUGAGUGCCAAGCUGUGCAGAGGUCUACACGGGAGGGAGGGUCUUCUGGGUAAACUCUGCCUCGUCAUGUGGGAGUCUACCAAUGUCCGUCAUGGCCCGCUGGUGGUACACGGUGCCGCCGGCAUGGGCAAGACAGCUCUGCUGUGCAAACUGGCGCAGGAGAUGCAGACCGUCCUGGAGGCCGGGGCUGUGGUGGUGAUCAAGCUGCUGUCCUUUCAUCAUCCUCAGAAACCAGAUGUCGACCACCUCCUCCGCAGCGUCUGCCUCCAGAUCUGCCUGGCUUGUGGUUUGGCUCCACCCACCCCGCUGUCCACCAGCACACACCUGGAGCUGGUCAGGUUCUUCCAGAAUGUCCUAGAAGAUGUUUCCCAGCAGGGGAACUCUCUGCUCAUCAUCCUUGACACCCUGGAUCAGCUGUCUGACCAAAAUCACGCACACAAACUCCGCUGGCUGCCUGUCAACAUCCCGCCUAACGUCCACCUGGUGGUUUCCAUGGACACCAACAGCGAGGCGUUCGCUAACAUGCGGCUAAAGUUGGAUACUUUGAAGAAUUUUUUUGAAGUGGAACGUUUGUCUCUUGAUGAAGGGAAACAGAUCAUGGAGUCGUACUUGCGAGCAUCGCAGCGAACUCUGACCCCUGAGCAGAGCACUGCCGUACUGCAGAGCUUCGAGCCAACCGGCUGUCCUCUUCACCUCAAACUGAUUCUCUCUGCAGCCAAACGCUGGACCUCCUUCACCCUGCUGACUGAGCUACGCCUGGGUGCCAACACACAGGAUAUGAUGUCACAGCUAUUCCUGAUGCUGGAGGAGAAACAUGGGAGGGAGCUGGUGGGCAGGGCCUUGGGUUACAUCACUUUGGCAAGGAAAGGCCUGCUGGAGGCUGAACUGCGUGAUGUCAUGUCCCUGGAUGAUGAUGUCAUCAGUGAGGUGUACAGGUACUCCCUCCCUCCGACGCCCUCGUUGAUCCGAUUGCCCCCCCUCCUCUGGGCUCGGCUAAGACGGGACCUGGAGGACCUGCUGGAGGAGCGCUGGGUGGGUGGAGUCGCCACCAUCACCUUCAACAACCGGCGUCUGUGUGAGGUGGUUUCAACUCGGUAUCUGACGUCAGAGCGGCGGGGACGAAGCUUCAAGAUCCUGGCAGAGUACUUCCAGGGUCGCUGGUCGGGGAAACUGAAGCCGGCAUCUCUGCCGGGUCUGUCGCUGCUCCUCUCAGAUAGAAAGGUUCCGCCCCAACCGCUGUGGUUCGCUCCAGGAUUGGCUAACGUCAGGAAACUGCAGGAGCUGCCCUAUCACCUGCUGCAUGCUGGUCUGUGGGACGAGCUGCGACAGGAGGUUAUUGGCAGCGCUGAGUGGCUUUACUGUAAGAGCAGAGUGUGUGGGGUGUCCAGUGUGAUCCACGACCUGGACCAGUGCUCCCAGUACAUGGACUGCACAGAGACCGGACUGGUCCGAGACACUCUAGUCCUGAUCAAACCCAGUCUGGACUUCCUGGACGGUCACAUGGAUAUGUCUCUGUUCUACACCGAGCUGUUAGCCAGACUGUGCUCAUUGGCCACGCCCUUCCCCUCUGUGAUUGGUCGGCUGUGCAGCCAAUGCGAGGAAUGGUUGCUGACGUGUCCGGAGCCGAUCCUCGUCCCUAAAUGCAGUUUCCUGCAGCCGCCAGGAGGGGCGCUGCAGCACACACUACCCGGACUGCAGGGAGGUGUUCUCUGUGUGGACGUCAGUCUGGAGGCGGAGCUGCUGGUUGCAGGUUCAGAUGAAGGUGUGGUGGCGGUCUGGAGCCUCGCCGAUAAGCAACUCAUACACACUCUGCAGGGACACACAGCUGCAGUUUUGUCCAUCAAGGUGAUUAAGAGCUCCGCCCACUGCCUCUCAUUGGCUGCUGAUGGCUCUCUGAUGAAGUGGAGCCUGAUGAGCGGCCAACAGCUGCUCUACAUACCGGAGGCGGUGCCUGUUGACCCCGCCCCUUCAUCAGUACACCUCCACCUGUCUGAUCACCUGCUGUUUGUUUACAGCGGGACACAGGUGAAGGUUUGGCAGCUGGCCGGAGCUCAGCUGCUCCUCAGCAGCAGCAGCAGCAGUGAUGAAGGCUCAGUGGUUCUGGGAGUUCUGGAGGAUUCUGUGGUUUCUCUGUCCGACUCCGGUCUGGUCAGAUUAUCUCGUCCUGUUAACAAGACUCAGACUCUGGAGAUUCAGCUGGAAAACUCACUGAGACGUCUGACCCUUAUGAGCUCUGUUACGUUACCAAAACAUAGAAAAGUGUUUGUGGUUUCUAAAGAAGGUUUCCUCUAUCAGAUUUCCAGGACGGGAAGACACACAGUGGACGAGUUUCCUCUGGUUCCUUCUUUGCUUUCAGUGACUGAAGAUGAAAAAAUACUGUUAGCAGGCAGCGAGCGGACUCUGAGCCUCUUUAACAUCAACAGAGACUCUGUGGACGGAUUCCUGAACCUCCAACAUGACGACAGCGUUUUGUCCGCCUGCAUCUCCUCCGACUGCCGGCUGCUCGCCUCCGGAGCCGCUGACCAACUCAUACGAAUCUGGUCCGUGACCACCGGUGCGUUGUUGGACACUCUGUGUGGUUCAGAUGCUCCUGUCACCUCUCUGGUUUUGUAUGACGGCUUUGUGGUUUCAGCCUCCACGGCCGCUUCCUGUAUCCAGCUGUGGAGUCUGAAAUACGACACCCAACACAAACCCACCGCCCACAUCCCUGCAGGCUCCGCCCACGUCGCCAUCACCAAGGAUGCAGACAGAGUUUUCUACGUCCGACAGCAGAGCCAGCAUGAGGUCAUCAGCUGGAACAACCACACAGGUUCUCUAUCAGACCGUUUGGCGGUAUCUGCACAGGUGUGCUGUUUGGAGUUAGCUCAGCACAAACGUCUGCUGAUUUGCGGCCUGAACACCGGCACCGUCCUCAUCUACCCGUUGGACCUGCCUGAGGAGACGCUCUGCAUCCCCCCUCCAGAGAGCUUCUCCAGAGUGCUCUGCCUGGCUGUCAGCUCCCAGGAGAAGCACAUGUCGGUGGCCUAUGAGGACUCUGUGUGUCUGUUUGAGAUAACCACCAGAGACAGCUUCCCCACGGUGGAGGGGCCCCUGGAGAGGGUCUCCCUGUCCCUCCUCCAUGCCCCGCUGUCCUCCAUGGCGCUGCUGUCCGACCGCAGGGUGCUGUACGGGACGAGCUGUGGGGAGGUGAUGCUCUAUGACUUUGGCAGCGGCAGUAGCUCCAAACUGGAGUCCCACCACAGUAGAGUGACCUGCGUGACGGCCAGUAACUGGGGGACGCACGCCUUGGUGGGCUCCGAGGAUGCCGUGCAGAGGCUGUGGGCCCUCAACCCGCUAAUACUGGACCACACCAUGGAGUACAAGGGUUUUUUCUUCGAGGGUGUCCUCUCUGCUGCCUUCUCUGACAGCGACCAGUUUGUCUUCACAGGAUCUCAGGACAGAACUGUAAAAGUCUGGGAUGUCACCACAGGAAACCUUCUUUACGUCCAGUAUGUCUACUCACCCGUUGUCAGAAUGGUGACCUACAGGAAUGGCUUUGUGGCGUUAUUGCAGCAGGGCUCCGUCAUCAGAGCGGUGUUUCGCUGUCCGGACCACAUCAGUCCGGACUUCAACCCUCUGAGGAACGUCAAGGCCCAGUAUCGGGUCACCUCCAGGGAGAAGAACCAAGGCAGCCAGCAAGCCUCCACGUCAGACCUCCAGGACUUUAACCCGGCCCAGUUCAACCUGAACCUCAUGAGCAUGCUCAAAGCCAAACCCUCCUCCACCUGUCUCAUACUGUAAAGUUCUCAGGUGAUUUCUAAGAAGAUAAAAACAUUAUUUUCACAUUAUUUUAUUGUCACCAGGGUUCAUGUACAUGUUAACUAAACAAACACUACAUGUUAAUAUACAUACGCAACAUUCAGUUUGAACAGUUUUUCAGUUUAAAGUCAUGAAUAUACAACCAACUUUAUUAUAUUUUAUUAUAUUCAUAUAAAGUACACCUAUAACUCUCCUGUAGUUCCUGAUGCUUUCAUGUAAAUGUUUACUGGGCUACACUGUUAUACGGAAGCUAUAUUACAAUUACAGCAACAAAAUAAGACAUCAAAUAAAUGUAAAAUCCAAACACAUUUAAAUAAACAAGUCACCCAUGUAAUAAUGAACACAGAGGUAGAAUAAUAAAAAGUCACUUAUUCAAUGAGAAAAUGUUAAGCUGCAUCCUUUUUUUAUUUUCAGGUCUAUGUUUAGCUUUCACCACCAGAUGUCACAAUUUCAUUAUUUAACGAGGGUCUUCCUCAUGUAUUGCUACCAAGUUCAUUGUUCCAUGUGGUGGUUUGUUAUAUGACGUGUGGUACAUUGGCCUGUCAAUCAAACCUG